GGCACCUCCAUGGACCCUCCGGUACCUGAAGCCCUCGAGUCUGGGCCCUGCUCCAAGCCCGAACAGAACCAAAGAGAGGCUCAAGACACAGACCCAGAGGAUGACGUCCAAAUUCAGGCCAAGAGUGCAGAGGAGGAAGACGAGGAAGAGGAGGAUGAAGGAGGAAAGUCCGGGAUGGAGUCAGAGUCCAAGAACCAGGAGCCUUCUCCUGCAGACUGGAUAGAGGAGCGGUUCCGCAUUGACAGGAAGAAACUAGAGACCAUGCUUUAUGGCCCUGCAGAAGGGACCAACCUGACAGGAGAGGAGUUCUUUGAGAAGAUAAUGAGGGAAACUAACACUCAGGUGAAAUGGCCGUCGAAGCUGAAGAUUGGAGCCAAGUCGAAGAAAGAUCCUCAUGUAAAAGUGGAAGGAAAGCGAGACGACGUCCUCGAGGCCAAGCGCAAGAUUCUGGAGCUUUUAGAGACGAAGGUUAAUAAAGUGACUCUAAAGAUGGAUGUAACUCACACUGAACACUCUCACGUGAUUGGUAAAGGAGGUGGGAACAUUAAAAAGGUCAUGGAGGACACGUCCUGUCACAUCCACUUCCCUGACUCUAAUCGGCACAGUGCGACCGGAGAGAAAAGCAACCAGGUGUCCAUUGCCGGACCUGUGCAGGGGGUGGAGUCUGCCAGAAGAUACAUCAGAGACUUGCAGCCUCUGGUGUUGACCUUUGACCUGCCGCUGACCCUGGUGGGUGGAGUUGUCACAGACGCGGGGUCUCCACUGAUUCAGCAUGUAGCGCAGGCGUUUGGAGUGAGUGUGACGUUCAGGACCCAGCCCAAACUCUACUGCUCCACCUGUGUGGUCCGAGGUCUGCAGGGGAAUUGUUCUGCUGUGAAGAAGGCCACCUGUGUCCUCAUGGAGCUCCUUUUGGGCCGAGACGCUGCAGCAGUUGCCGGAGUAACUGGGGUCAUGGUCAGUACUCAGCUGGACGUGACUUCUCAGCAGCAUCUCUUCCUGCUCGGCCAGAAUGGAGCCAACUUCCUCAGCGUGAUGCACCAAACACAGACACAGAUCGUCCUGCCUGACCUCACUGCCCCACAGCACACGCCGUCUCUGCUCAUCCAGGGCACGGCUGACGGUGUCUGUCUCGCGAGACAACAGCUCAUGGACUGCCUGCCUGUGUGUCUGAUGUUCGAAAUGAAGGAGGAAGGCGAGUCAGAUCCUCGGAAACUCGCUCAGAUGAUGCAGAGUCUGGGAGUCUUCAUCAGUGUUAAACCAAAGGCCAAACAGACUGCUAAGUCAGUGGUGGUGAAGGGGUUGGAGAGGAACAUAGCGAGUCUAUAUGAAGCCAGACGUCUCCUGCUGGGCCUGGAAUCCUGCGAAGUGUCAAUGACUGCUAAAAACUCUUGUGAGGUCUCCAUGGCAACCAAGCCCUCCCUGGACCCUCUGCUGGUAAACAGCAGCAUUACAGGCUACUGGUUCAACAUGCUAAUGCAACAGCUUCAACUCACUGAGACAGCCACUGUCCCCACACCGGAUUCAGUGCCCAGUACUGUCCCAGUGAAGCCACGCCCCUCUCCCCCACCCGGAUUAGUUGGUCCUGCAGAUGAGGGACGAAUGGGACUGAGGGGAACGGACACUAAGCUAGAGAAGAUUCCAGAGAGUGAAGACCAGUUAACAAAUGCAGAGAGUAAACAUUCAGAAUUACAGGAGCAAGAGGUCACUGAGGUCAAGGAGGUCAUUGUCAAGCCUGCAGGCUCAGUCAGGAGAAACAGCCAAUCAGAGGCCACCAGAGACCAAAUUCAAGAACAACUACGCAAGCCAUUGACCUCACAGAGCUCUCCAAGGAUGGAGGUAGAUGGUGUGUAUAUUAACAGGGACAGACGCUGCAGUCUUAGAAUCUUUCCCUCUCUGGACUCGAGCUCAAGUAACGAGGUAAGUAAUGAAGAUCACGACUACGAGAGGAAGAAGCUUCUAGCAACUCAAGCCAUGCAGAAAAAGCCAGUGGUGACAGAGGUGCGGACCCCCACUGACACCUGGAGUGGUCUGGGUUUCUCCAAGUCGAUGCCUGCUGAGGCAGUGAAGGAGCUCCGCAGCGUCAGCCGCCGCUGCUAUCGAUCCUACCUCAAUAAUCAACAGUCAUGGGGCUCUCAGAAUGGUAAAGAGAGAGUUACUGGUAAUGGAAGUGACUCGGAGAACUGGAGAGAGAGACGAGGGUCUGCGUCUUCAUUGUCCGUGUCAUCCUCCUCUUCAUCUUCACCUACAUCCUGCUCCUCAUCCUCUUCAUCAGCCAUGGCUGCAUUCAGCUCCACAAAAACAUUGUCCAGGCCCUUGAUUGGCAGACCUCCAAGCCCCUCCCCUCCGCCCAAAGACGAUUUGAUGGAGUUAUUGAUACAGCUGGGCCUGGAGAAAUACAACACAGUGUUUCAGGAUCAAGAGAUUGACUAUCAAACAUUCCUCACUCUCUCUGAAGAAGACCUGAAGGAAGUGGGUGUGUCCACAUUCGGGGCCAGGAGGAAGAUGCUGCUGGCUAUUUCUGAUCUAAAUAAAAGCAAGAUGAAACCCCCUGAAGCCCCUUUGGUUAAGUCUGGCUAUCUUGAGGGCGGGGCUAGUGGCCGUCUUCCACGAAUUAUGGAUGAGGAUGUAGCUGCCAGAAGUAACCGCUGGUGAAAAGAGACACUCAGUACACUUUCUAGGCUGCAUUAUCUACAAUACACUUCUGGCAAAUAGAGGUGUCCCUCAGGGUCCAGUAGUAAGACAAAAAAGAUUUAAUAAAGGGCUGAGUGUUACCGUUAAUUACAGAGGACCUAGAG